GCAGGGGUGAGGUGCAUUGCCUAUGAGCGUUCCACAGAGCUGCGGAAUAUAGACGAAAUAGUGAUUUAAAUAGAUUAAUUCUUGGCUGGUGUAAAUGUGAACAAGAACCUUAGCCUUUGGAGUCCUUCAGCGGAAUAAUUAAACGGACAUUGGAGUUGAUCGCGACCAAAGGUUUCUGAGCAAAGGGAUGAAGAGAACCGCUGGAAGCGAACGGUGAUUUCUCUUCUGCGGGAUUAAACGGCGUAUAUUCAAUUCCUGCACCUGCUCUUCAAUUAAAGGAAUAUCUUCUUAAACACCACCGGAGCUUUUCAUCACAUACCGAGGAGAAAAUUAUCCCUCUUGAUUGUGUAAGCCAAAGUCAGUUCGCUGUUUGGAUUUAAGGACAUUACCAAAUCUGAGUUUAUUUAAUUGGCAAAGCACUUAUUUAUUUACCGGAUUCGUGUCAGCUGUGGUAUUUAAUAAGAUGUUUUUACUGGAAUUUGCAAUUUCCUACUAAACUUUAAUCGGAGAUUAUUCCAGCAAGUAAUCGGGUAAAAAAUCCUGAGCGACGGAAUCAUUUGCGUUCGUUCAAAACGCAGUUAACGGACUAACGGCAUUUUUCAGGAACUGCUCCGCAUUCGUCUAGAAGUAAGAUCGAAUUCAGUAAAAAUAAAAAGAGGAAAUCUGGAACUCCACCUUUUAUAGAAAACAACGGAAAAGUGCCCAACGAUCCUGCAAAAGAGUCAGUUUUUGGAUGACGUUUACCUUUUUACGCGCGUGACGUAAAACGAAGAAUAAACUUAUAAAUCGACUGAAGAUACCAGGGAGUAUAUAUUUUCCAUUUUAUCUGAGGACUUUUUUGUUUUAUUCCUUCCCUCGUUCCCAAAGUCCCGUCGGCAAGAACCUGCAUGGAAAUCUAGUCAGCACCACAGAGCAAUUUAUGGUCGGCCUCGGAAAACCAGUGGCUGUAGAAUCAUACCUGCGUCUGCGCAGUCAUGCUGGCCUGCCUGCAGAGGAGGCAGAAUCCUGCACCCCAGCACGCCACGGCUGCCUGCAGCAGCAGCAAGAGUCUUGAGCCAGUGCAACACAUCAACCGCAAAUGUGAGCUGACUAUCCCCAUGCCUUCCCCGCGCUACCCAAGCACAGCAGAGCUGGAUGCCUAUGCGCAGAAGACGGCCAAUAACCCACUGUCCAUCAAGAUCUUCCCCACGAAUAUCAGGGUCCCUCAACACAAGCAUCUUAACCGGACUGUGAACGGAUAUGACACCACUGGACAGCGCUACAGCCCCUACCCCCACUUCCACACUGGAGGCUACCAGGGUCUGCUGGCAAUCGUUAAAGUCUCAUCAUCAUCCUCAUCAUCCUCAAUAUCCUUAUCAUCUUUUGUACCCUCAACAAAGGGCGUUCUCAAAAACUCAGAUGGCAGGAGGACUAAGCUGUCUCCGGCGCAGAUAGCAGUAGCGCCUUAUCCACCUCCAAACAGCAGCACUUUAGGUCAUUGCCAUGGACAUAAAAUUUACCAUGCAGGGCCUCACAAACCCCCAGAGGCCACCACUCUAUCGGUUCCUCCCAAUGUCACUGUGGCUGGCUCCGUGAUCCCUGUGGCAGGGGGCCGAGGGUUGAAUCUCCCUCCUCAGUCAAACCUUCCCUCCAUCCAGAGCAUCAUUUACCAGAUCAACCAGCACUGCCAAGCCCAGGCUCUGCAGCAGGUGUGUCAAAACGGGAUGUCUACGGGCGCACCGAACCCCAGCCCAUCCAAACAAGAGACCAUCAACUCCUCAGGGGGGAUUUACGUCACUAGUGUGGCUCCACAGGGAAACAUGGCCUAUUCUGGGACGGUGUUACCAGGGCAGAAUGGGGAGGUGAUGAAGGCUGCAGUGUAUCCUGAAAGUAUGGACUAUCUGCUGUGGCAGAAGCAACAACAGCAGCAGGCAGUGUUGAGGAUGUACAGUGGAGGAAGUGGAGGAGGAGCUGUCAGCAAGUCGCCCGAAACUUGCGCUCCAGGUGCAUCUAUCAUGCUGGGUGGGGCGCAGGUAUCCUCUAGAGGUUAUCCAAUGACGGCCAGUACGAGUGGCGGGGGUGGACUUGACAAGGUCAGCUCCUCCCCUUUGAACUGUGUGGGCAUGCAUGGGAACUUUUCCGUUGGGCAGUACUUCGCCCCUCCUUGGAACAGUGUUCUAGUUACACCAGACAGUGACUGCUACAACCCUCAAGAGCUGCCUGGAGCUACCACCACAACUGCACCAUUGACAGGGCACAGGGAGCUAGGAUUCCCCCACCGUCAUCAACAUCCUCAUCACCACCACCACCACCAUCAUCAUCACCCUCCCAUAGACAGCACUGGGGGGUUGUGCUGCAGUUUGCCCAGUAAAAACCCCUGUAAUACGUCAGUGUUAAGUAGCAGUCUGCAAUCACUAGAAUACCUGAUCAAUGACAUCCAUCCUCCCUGCAUCAAGGAGCAGAUGUUGGGGAAGGGAUAUGAGACUGUGUCUGUGCCGAGACUGUUGGACCACCAACAUGCACACAUCCGCCUCCCUGUUUACAGAUAAGAAGAGACAUACCGGGUGGCAGUGGGUCAAGCUGACCCAUUUAAAGACCUACUGGAAAGUCUUUAAUCAAAAACUACAGAUGUUCCCAUUGCAAGUUGCCUAGAUUUGCAGUGGAAUUUUUGUGAUACUGCUCUAAGCAGACUGGGGAAGUCUGGAUCAAAAUACAGAAUGAAUGCUGGAAAGCCUCUCGGCUUAGAGCUGGGAGAGAAUGGCUGGCUGGGAAAUGGAAUGUUGCAAGAUCCUAAAUGCAGAUAUGCAGAUUAUGUUGUACUUUUUUAGUUUUUUGGCCAAGAGGGAUUUUUGGUUGUUUUCAAGUUGUUUCUUUUUGUGAUUAUUUCCUUUUAAUUAUUUUAUCAGGCUAAUAAAUGUUUUAUUUAAUUUUUUUGGAUGCGAAUCAAUGGAAAUGAAGUAAAUUAUAUUUGCCUCCUCUCCUCCCGAUAUAGCGAGUAACUGAUUGGGAUUAGCAUGAUGAAGAUGAUGGUCUUAAAGUUACAGUAUUUAUAAAAGUACAUAGCUGAACCUGUUCCCACAAAACACUGUAAAAGGGUAAAGGUACACACAUUUCAGAAUUGCAGAGACCAGCAAGAUCAGUGCUUUUAGGUGAAGUUAAUUGGUGUUUCAUUGAAUUGAAAAAAUCUUAGCAGUAAUAAUUAGGGUUUUUUCAGAGAAAUUGUUCUGCUUGGGGUGUGAAAUCUUAAAGUGAAAGUACAGGGAUGUUGAAAAUUAGAAGUUUGAAUAUAAUGUAUUUAAAGAACUUGAAGACUUGAACCUAUUUUUGUUGUUUUAUAUAUUUGUAGUAUAUAAUAUGCUUUGGCUGCUAAGGGAAUAAGAGUGUAAAAUGCUUAGGGUUUUUAAUGUUUCAUUUUGUUUUGAUUUUAUUCUCCUUUGGCUGCAGUAUAGUUUCAGCUGUUCUCAUGAUUUAAUCACCGUUGAGAACAAACAACAUAAUCAGCUCAUUUAUUUGCCUACACUGGAUUCCACACUCUCCAAAUACACAGAUUUAAUGGUUACAAAAAAAUUGUUGCUCUGCAAUGAGACAGCCCUCAAGUUUGGGCCUAUCAGGCUUUUUGGCAUGUCUUUAGAUGGAACAUCAUAUAAACACAUAUUAUACUUAAACAAAUCUGAUUUCAAAUUCUGAAAAUAAGCUGUCUGUUGUCUUCAGAGCUGAAAGUUUUGAUUGGUUGGGGAACAAAUUGCCUCCCUCAUUUCUUUGAAUUAGCGAUGUGAAAGCUAUUGCUAAUAGUAUUGCCACACUCAAGUAAGCAAAAACCUGAGGGCAGCCGACUUAUCAAAGGUGUCACUUGACCAUUCCUCUUUUUGAAUUGAUAAAAACAAUCAUUGUGGUGCCUCUCAAACAGAGAUGGAAGGAGAGAGAGUGAGAUGUUUCUGUCAGCUCUGUAGUAGCGGUUUGAGCAGGGUUUAGGCCGCUUAUAAGCUUUGUCUCGACACUGAAAUAUUUGUUCUGACUGUGACUUUCCUGUGAAUGUACUGCACUUAGAUUACUGAGAAGACUAAUGCCUUGUGGGACAGAGAGGGGUAAAAUAAAGAAACAUUUGAUGGGCACAUAGUCCACUGCGUUAAAUGAGCAUUUCUUUUGUCAGUCAAAUCUCAGCUGUAAAUUGAAUUUAGAAAUUCGAGCGAGGUGACUGUGGGGGUUUCUGUUGGAGGCAAAAGCUGGCUACAGUCUAGAUUUAUGAAGUGCAAUUAUUAUGACUGUAUUAACAAUUUCGUUUUUUCUGAGCUGACACCAAAAAAAAAUGUAAACUACAGCAGUGUCUACAUUCCCAAUGUACCACAUACUCAUUCCCUUCUUGUUUUGAGGUGCGAAAUAAACUGAUUUUAAGAAUUUAUUGAAAAACCCA